CGGCGGGGCCGGCGGCGGGGCCAGGCGAGCGGCCCCCUCCCGAGCACGGGAGAGCACAUGCAGACGCGGAGGAAGGAGAAGGUGCAAUGCUCAAACCAUGAUGCAACACAUAGGCUUGUUCUCUCCCAUGAUGGGGAGCUCUCUGAACACUGGGCUGCAGCUUCAGCUGACUGCUCCUUUGAGACAAGGCUGGUGAAAGAACUAGGAAACCGUGAUGUUGUUCAAAUAGCAUGUGGGGACCAGCACGCCAUGGCUCUGACCAGAGGAGGUGAGCUCUUCACGUGGGGCCAGAACACCCAUGGACAGCUUGGAGUGGGGAGCCAAGCCACACUCACCCCCCAGCCGCAGCUGGUGGAAAGACUAAAGGGCAUCCCACUGGCUCAGAUUGCUGCUGGAGGAGCUCACAGCGCUGCCGUGUCACUCUCUGGAGCUGUGUACUCCUGGGGGAAGAACGAUUUUGGGCAGCUGGGACUCGGAGACACACAAGAUAGGGACUGUCCAUCAUACGUCAGAGCAUUAGAGCACUGGAAGGCUGUAUUUAUCUCAUGUGGGGCAGAUCAUACUGCAGCCCUCUCCAAGGAGGGGCUGGUGUGCACCUUUGGAGCAGGAGGAGCUGGCCAGCUUGGUCAUAACUCCACUCGUAAUGAACUCAUGCCUCGUGUGGUGGCUGAGCUGUGGGGAGCAAGAGUUUCACAGGUUGCCUGUGGAAGACAGCACACCCUGGUCUAUGUUCCUUCCUUGGACAAAGUCUAUUUGUUUGGUUCUGGUGAAGGACAGCUGGAAGAUAAGAUAGAACCUAACCAGUUGAUACCACUUCCCAUCAAGAUACCAGUAAAUACUGGAAAAUCCUGCCAGGAAAACAGCACAUCACAAAAGGUGAUUGAAAUUGCUGCAGGAGGAAACCCAAGUAUUGUCCUUUACAGGGAGGAACAGAAUGCCCAUUUGGAUGGAAUUUCCACUCUGAAGGAUAAAGAAGUGGAUGAAUGGAUUUCUAAUUCCAGUUCGCAACACUGGGAGAGUAUAAAACAGAAUAUCAGCAUGAUCUUUUCAUCUGAGGCUUGCAUUAAUGGGAGCUUCCUGGAGAAAAGACAUUUCAAAACUUCCAGAGAAGUCUCAGGUGUAGACAUGUCACAAGUGCAACGUUUUUAUGAGAAGAUCAGCAAGAAGCCAAACAUCUUCUGUGAGGUGAAAAAGGAGAUUGAGAAGUUACUGCCAUCACUGUCUUCCUCUCCUGUCUCACCUGAAAAUUUCAGAGUCUACUUGAUCUUGCCUUUCCUUCUGCAGGGAGAGGACGACAGCUCUUCACGUUCUCUCUGUCUUCUAGCACAAGCUAUCACAAAGCUCCAGUCAAAGGACCUGCAAACUCUUGAAUGCCUGUGGUCAAAUCUAGAAACAUCGUUUCUAAAUGAGCUGGUCAUUCUAUAUCAGAGGGUUUCCCAGAAAAACCUAUCUCAGUUUAUGAUAGAACUCAUGUAUGUCCGAAGAGACCCCUUCACUCUGCACCCACAUGCAACAGUGACUCUGCAAAUACUGCAGAUUCUUUACCAGGUGAACUCCAGAACUGGCUUCAGAGUACAAAAAAACAACUUCUAUGUGCCUCAGGUGAAACUGAUUAUCCUAGUGCAUUGGUCCUUAAAUACGAAAAAAAUGGCCCUAUGGAAGCUGACUGAAUAUCCAUGCAUCUUUGACAUGCAAGACAAGAUUGAUAUUCAUAUUACAGAACGCAACGCUCUGUCCAGCAUCUUUACAGAGAAAGACAUAUUAGAAAACGGCAAUGAAAAGUGGGUUUUUCCAGUCAGAAGACAAUGCCUUCUGCAAGACAUAUGGACCCAUUUAAAUAACGCACCAAGUCAUCAAUUCAGGAAGAUCUUAGGGGUGUCGUUCCUCGGCGAGGAGGGAGUGGACGAAGGCGGGCCGGUCCAGGAGCUCUUCAGCGUGGCCGUCAGGACUCUUUGCCAGCCCGUCACCGCGGCCUUCCGCCGCCUUGCCUCUGGCUUCAUAUGGUUCCCCAGCCAGGCGUCGGUCUGCGAGGACGUGUUCUUCCGGAUCGGGACGCUGUGCGGGAUGGCCCUGCAUAACGGGUGCAUAGCACCCUUCGCCUUCCCCCGGGCUCUCUACAGAAAGCUGCUGGGCCUGGCGCCCACCCUGGAGGACCUGGAGGAGCUGCUGCCAGCUGUGGGCCGGAGUCUUCAAGGAAUUUUGCAUGAAGAAUGUGAUCAUGUCCUUGAAAGCCUGGACAUGAACUUCACGGUAAUGGAAGAAGGAAGUUCCAUGGGUGUUGUUGAACUUAAAAAAAGUGGUGCCAACAUCCCUGUCACUAGGGAUAACAGGAAAGAAUUUGUUGACUUGUAUGUGAAUUAUGUGUUAAAUGAAUCGAUACGCAAACCAUUUGAGGACUUCAUGCGAGGGUUUUUAAGAGGCUGCCCAGGUAGAAAGUGGAAGAUGUUUCUUCCUGCAGAGCUCCAGACUGUUCUCCAGGGACAUACAAAAUGUGACUGGUUUCUGCUGGAAAAGAGCGUGAUGUACGGAUGGUAUAAAAGUUUAGAUAAAACCAUCAGGAAUUUUUGGAUUGUGUUUCACAGACUCCCAGAAGAAAAAAAGAAAAUGUUUCUUGUUUUUUUGUCAGGAUCUGAUCGAAUCCCUGCAUAUGGACUGGAACAUUUUAACUUUCAUAUUGUAGAUCCUCAAGUAGAAAAUCCAGAUAAGCUCCAUGUCAGUGUCAAUACCUGCUACCACAUUUUGUUCCUCCCCAGAUACAGCAAUAAAAAAAUACUCAAGAAGAAGCUGCUCUAUGCCAUAGAACAUAAUGAAAGUUUUGGUGUGCCCUAACUCUUGGUCAGGGGUGAUUUAAAGCAAAAAUAAGAAACCAAGUCUUUGUUACUGUUGUGGUUUAAGUGCAGUCAGUAACUCAGACCCACGCAGCCUGCUCACUUACUCCCCCCCUUCUGUAACUAAAAAGUCAAAAACACAGCACUGCGCCAGAUACUAAGAAGGAGAAAAAAUGACUGCUACUGCUGAACCCAGGACAGUAUCGUUUGUCAUAUUUUUCUCUUAAUAAUUCCCAUUUACUGGUUUCUAUCCUGUCUUACUUUUACUGCACUUGAGUGCAUGUGUUCACUGAGAUUUUGUAUUGAUUACAAAAAUGAGCUGAGACCAGAUACUUCAUUAUUAGAUCACAAAGUUAGGAAAGAAGAAUCCUAGUUAAAAUGCUUCCAGGAACCAAGCUGAUAACCACAUAUAUUUACAUAUACAUGCAUCCUGUUUGCACUGUGCUGGUCUUCUUUCACUGACAAACUUAAGAGCAGCAGGGAUUCUGUGGUUUAUGCAUUAGCAAACAUACAGCUAGUACAUGCUAAGCAGUUGUCAUUGCAAGGGGAAGCUAGGCUAAAGUUUUAAACUGUAUUAGUUAAGGAUUCUCUUGAGGAGCAAAUAAUGCUGAGAAGAGGUGUUCCUGUAAACUGUGAAUUGAAACAGCACCUGGAUAUAGCCUUUGACUUGUUUGGAAGAAGUUCUUAUGAUGAGAAUUUAUCAUUCUUAGAUUUUGUCAAAAGCUGUAUUUGUAAAGCAUAAAUGGACUUGUUAUUUAGUGUGAUAGCACUGUGAUAUUUGACAUGUUUCUUUAUAUCUUCUAAGGAGAUGUUUGUUAAGUAAAAUUUUAGGCUUGCAGAACAGCUUUGUCUACACAACCCUGUGGACAUGAAGCUUGAAGGGCUGUUGGAAGCUGCUUGUUGAAACAAUGCAUAGCACUGGCAGGGGGUUGGAACUAGAUGGUCUUAAGAUUGUUUCCAACCCUAGCCAUUCUAUGAUUCUGUGACACUGACAAUGUCAGGCAGGAUGCAAAGGCAGAAGGUGUAUUUUUCUGUGUAUUUUUAUUUGUGUAUAUAUAGAGAGAGCGGUGGCAAUAAUUUUUCAGUAGUCUCUUGCCUUUGGUGUGUUAAAUAUUUUGGUGGACAUAUAUAUAUAUGAAGAAGACUUUUACUGUGUGAAUUAAAUGAUGAUUGAUUGAA